AUGAGCGAGGAUCGAAGCGACGAGGAUCCCCUGAUGGAUCUCUGGUACAGCAAUUGGGAGCAACAGUGCGUCGAAGCGUUGGAAACAGAGCCAGAUUAUGAGAUUCAACUGCACAACGAAAAGGAACUUUAUUCCCAGCAGAUGUGGACGAAUUCAAUGGACAGCAUGCGCAGAUGCAGUGAAUUAGGUAUAGAAAUGGGUCGGCAAAAACGUAGUAAAGAAAUAAUGAAUUGGGCUAGAAAAAAGAGACGUAUGAUUCGUAGAGAAGACCUAUUAGCAUAUCUUGCUGGAAAGCCACCUCCACCUAGAUCACAUUCACACAGAAGUUCACCUAAACCAAGGAUGAUGGUGUGUAGUUCGUCCCCAUCAGAAACUUCAGCACCAAACAUGGUUGUUGCACCAACACCGAUACCUGGUAAUAAUCAGGAUCCUGAAUUACAUACAUUUAGAGAAGCAAUUGCAUUAUCUGGUUCACCAAUAUCUCGGCGUACUGGAAGACAAGCCGAAUUGUCGGCCUUUAUUAGUAGCGAAUUCGCUCGACAUCAUAAACGGCCUGCUUCGCAUGACGUGGAUAUGGGAUCUCCCACGCACAAACGUUCGCGUUUCAUGUAACGGCGCGCGAUGUGUAAAGCAACCUCACUCCCUUGUUCCCCAUUAAUUAAUCAACUGAUAAAUUAAUUAUUAACUCCCCUACAUAGUUCCCAGCUAAACAUAAUCACUUCAAGAAGGUGGCAAUGACUUGAAUUGCCAUAUAUGAAACACGUUCGUAUAUUUCGAAUAACCUAUAUAACCUCUCCAAUUUCAUUAUUAUUAUUCUUUAUUAUGCAGUUUUGGUUUUGAUAUUGACGAUUAGGGUAAUUUAAUUCAUUUAAUUACAAGGAACUACAUUACUGAAAUUAUUGUAUAAUUUUUGGGGGAAAUUUUUCUUUGUUAACUGAACACUUAACGAAACAAAAAUUGUUAUUCUUAUUCUUAUUAGAAUUUAUUUUGAAAUUUAUUUAUUUAUUUAUAUAAGUCGUGA